CUCGAAACACGAAAAACAUCGGCAGAUGGCUCGAGAUCUAUAUGUUGAUGAUUAAUAAUCCACAGUCUGAGAAAUUGAUGGUAGCUGUGAGCGGCAUAGAAAAGCGGAAAAUCAGCCUCAAGUAACGCCAGCAGUAAGUUUUCGAAGGAAAAGAAUUCGCGAGCGAUCAAACUCUCUUCGGCCAACCCGAAGGAUCACUCCGAUUGCUAAUCGAAUUUUGUUGUUUCGGGAGUGAGCGAGUGGUCGUCGUACGUGUGCGUCGAGGUGAUAGCGCGAGUCGGAACAUGGCGUUUAUUUCUCCCGUUUCACGUCCAGGAAGUACAGUCGCGUGCUGAUCGAAUGAUCGCCGCUCCAACGCUCGAUAAUUCGAGCGAAUCUGAAAACAUUUCCACCGUUGAUGUUUCGUACGCGCGAAAUCGCGUCGCGUUAUUUCCCACAUUGUAGGAUACUUAUCACGAUACUGAUGCACGAUACGCGGCACGCAGUGCGCACAGCACUCGCCGGACAAGCAUGAAGAUAAAAUUGCGUCAUUAUCAGUAUUAGUGUGCUUUGAGAUGCCGAUGAAGGUCCUCGAGACAAGCAAACAAUGACGUCCCGCAGUUACACCAAGUCUUACAACCGCAAGGUCAUAACGCCGAACAGCAUACAGUUCGAGCUCUUUCGCGAGAACAGCAAUCGGCCAUCCGCUGCUAAAUCGGCGGGUACUGUUGGAAAAUGGGGUAUAACAUCAUUUACCUCAAUCAGGAGCACAAAUAUCAAUGGGAGAAGAGAUGAUAUACAUAACACAUUUGGUGCGAAAAAGAUGAAACUUGAUUAUGGAAAUCAGAAUCGCGUAAAUUCUGCAAAAGAUCCGUUCUCAUUCGAGACCGAUCCGGACAACAAGGACAACGCUCCAGCAGUGGUAAAACCGAAAAAGUUUUUUAAGAGUAGAAAUAUCCCGCCAGUGGUGGAGGAAUCUCGCCAGGAUGUGGCAAUCUACAGACAAGUACCUGAUUCGCAAUACGGGAGGGCUCGCGCUCAAAAGCAAUCCUCUCAGCAGCAGCAGCAAGCGACGCAGAAACAGCAGCAACAUGCUGUAACGAAAGCGUCGCAUGCACCCGUUAAGAAAGUAGUAGAAAAUUUAGAUAGCACAACAAGCACUGAUAUUCCUAAUCGAGAAGAGAAUAAACCUCCGAUCGUACUGAGAAUAUGUAAAGGUACGGCACGUUUGGUAUGCGGAGAUGUGCAGCAGGAUACGCAUGAUUCAGAAAUUGAUACCUACAAGAUUUCCACUUCUGUAGCUAGUCCUGCCAAAGUGGACGUUGAACGUAAGACUACUACGGAGACGUCACAAAUCAAGUCUGAUCACAAAUCGCUGCGUGCGCAUCAACCAAUCGUGUCGACCGUGUCGAUUCCUAUAGAAAAAUCUGACACUCGUAGAACCACUCGUAGCCGCGCCAAAAAUCUACAUUUGGAUCUGGCAACGACAAGCUCUGUUGUACCACCAUCCACUACAACACCAAUAACUCCCAACUCGUACAGUGGUACCGGAGGUCUCUCACUAACUUUGAGAAAAUCCGUGACGGAUUCUAACAACACACUUAUAUCCCAUUAUGAUAUUGUUAAGACUGAUUGCGGCUCAACGUAUUCCUCCAAGUCAACUAUCGAGCCGCUGAUUGGACGCGAUCAGCCACUGCCAACUACAACCCAGGAGCUGAUUGACAUUCUUUCAAAUGAUUCUGACGCGAGACCAGCAGCAUUAGCAGCACCAGCACCAGCACCAACACCAACACCAACACCAACACCAACAGUUGCAGCUACUGUAUCGGUGCCAGUAUCAGCACCAGUACCAGCAUCAGUACCAGUACCAGUAUCGACAGUAGCAUCAUUAUCAGAUAUUAACACUAAUACAGAAAAUAGCGUGGAAACAGCCGAGUCGGAUAAUGUUACAAACCAAGUUCAGCAUUGUUCCGUAGAUAUUUCAACUACCGAAGUUACAACCGAAUCCACAGACAUCGAGCAACAACCUGAACAUGAACCGGAAACAGAACCUGAUCCUGAAUUUGAACCAGAACCUGCAACAGUUCCCGGAACCAGUGUCGAUACUGCGCCCGAGACUGCUGCUAAAACUCUGGUGGACCAGGAUUGGUUCUCGGGCAGCGACGAUAGCGAGAGUGCCGGUGGUAAUGUCGAGAAUGAGAUACCAAUGCUUGUAACGAGUAGCGCGGUUUCGGAAUCACAAGUUGUCGAUCCGCCAUCCACAAGCGUUCCAAUGUCGGUAAAACCUGCCGCCAAGAAAGGUAGUAUUUUCAAGAGUCGUUCGGCGGGUGCAACAAACGGGAACAAAAGACGAGCAUUAUAUAAACACAAGUGGUGCGACAGUGAUAAAGAAUCCACCACUGCGGAUACACCCACUACCAGUAACAGUACGCCAACCACUGCGUCCGGAUCCGGCAGUACAGAACCUGUGGCGUACGAGGAAGAGUUCGAUGCCUUGCAAUUGACGAGAGUCUGGACAUAUUCUUCGGCCGAUACAGUUUUCCAAGAUGAAUCCGAUAUGAUCACAAGAGUUCGUUGCGGUAAAAGAGUUAAAGGGUUCUAUACUGUAGUGAAGAAUGUAAAAAAAGCUCAUCAGAUACAAGAAAGUGGAGAAUUCCAGGAGUUUAACGACGAUGUGGAGUAUAUCUUGGACACUUUGAGAGAAAAUAAUCCAAAUGCUACUCGUUGCCUUUCAGCCAUACGAUUAGCAAGUAAAUGUAUGGCUCCUGCAUUUCGUAUGCACGUUCGUGCUCACGGAACUGUUGCCAAGUUUUUUAAAGCUCUUCAUGAUGCAACUAAAGAUCAGAGUCUUGGUUUAUGCACGGCAACAGUAAUGUUUGUGUUAAGUCAAGAUCGUUUGGCUAUGGAUUUAGAUCGUGAUUGUUUGGAAUUGAUGUUAAGUUUAUUGGAAUCUGAUGCCAGUCACAAAGACGCUCUGGACGAUUGUGGCCUCAGUUAUGCUGAAUUAUCAAAAAAUAAAGAAAAAGUGCGUCAGUUAUGCGCCGAUAUACAAGCUCAAGGACACGCUAAACAUCUAAACCUAGAUAAUAUUACCGUUGGUCAACUUGCUAUGGAGACUCUUCUUAGUCUCACGUCGAAACGUGCUGGAGAAUGGUUCAAAGAAGAGUUACGAGAAUUAGGUGGUCUCGAACAUAUUGUAAAAACAAUUCGAGAAUGCCACCGCCAUAUUAAUAGCCAGAAUAUUUUAAGAUCUGGCUGGACAGAUCCUUUAUUAGAUAAAUUACGUAAAGUUGACAGAUGUUUACGUGUAUUAGAAAAUGUAACUCAUAUGAAUGAAGAAAAUCAAGUGUAUUUAUUGAAAUAUGAAGAAGGAGUAUUAGUGACCACAUUAGCUAAUUUAUAUCAUCUAUGUGGGCGGGAGAUACCCAUUUAUCCGACAACAGAUCCGAGCGAUAAAAGUUCUACCGGUGCUGUUAUUAGAGAAUGUCUUUUUGCCAUUAUUAAAGUUCUCAUUAACCUCACCCAUCAGUUUAACGGACAAUCUUUCGGUAGUAGAACAUUUGGCGCACAAGGUGACUUUUUGGAAAGCAGUCUGUUCAUUUUAUUACGUGUGCCUGAAUCCGUUCCGGAGGAAACGCGAUUUGACAUGAUGAUGUUAGCACUCAUUCUGUUGAUAAAUUUAGUGGAACAAUGUGAUGAUAACAAAAAACUUCUUAUGGAACUUAAAGCACCUCCGAUUUCAGAGGAUAUGUUUGAUGCACGGGAAAGUGGCGUAGGAUCAUUGAUUGAUUUGUUUUACAAACAAGAAGAACUUGCGCGCGCUGAAGAACAAAAAACAGACGCCAUUCUAGAUGGAAAGAAAGAUUCUGAACAAACUGAAACAGUAUCAACCACCACUAAAUCUCAAGAAGAAUUUAUCGAAGAGACCGUCACAAAAUUGUUACAAAAAGCUGGGCGACAUAUGGAGCACACGCUGAUCGGAGCAUACGUUGUACUUUUACUGGGAUACUUAAUAAUGGACAACAAGGAGUACGAGUUGUCAGUACGGAAUAGAUUGCCAGACAAAAAUUUCGCUACUAUGGUAUCUGUACUUCAGAAGUUCUUUAACUUUAUGAACCUAACGGCAUCGAGCGAAGUGAGUAGUUGCGGAAUUGCUGCUACUGAGAAGGUGAUCAAGUUCCUAAAAAUGUCAGAUGCUAGAGUCAAAGAAGAGAAUGAGUUACCAUUGCCAGCAUUAGAAGACACGAAUACAAUGCUCGACUUAACUUCAUCUUGAUCGACAUGUUAUGCAUAUAACAUUUGACAGCAUUUCUUUCACCCGGCGUAUGCGGAAAAAAAACAGCCAAAGUUGUAUUUGUCAGAAAAAAAGUUCUUUUUAUCAUCAAGCAAAAGGAGUUGUUUCAUAUUCGUAUAUUUUGAUAUAUAUUUAUUCACCUUUACGUAAUUUAUUGUUGUAGGUUUCUUUAUUAUUACGAUUGAUUUUGUGGCUUAUUCUUUUAUUUACAAUGACGGUUAGUCGUCAAGUUAUAGUUUUAAGUAUAAAAAGUAAUGUGUAGCUUUGAAUUGUAUAGAGAUAUCUUGUAAUUAUAAAUGUUACGGGGCACACAUAUUGCGAUAGUUAAUGUCUACACGAGAUAUCGUUAAUAAUUCAAACUAAUAAACAGCCACUUUUUUAAGUUUUAAAAGAGACUGCCAAGAAGAAAUAUGCGAUAAUCUUCUUGCCAGUUCCUAUGUGAAUUACUUUGUAUAAUCUUACAACAAACUGUACACAAUCAAUUUUAAAAUUAUAUCUAUUGUGUUUUUAAGAAUUGUUAAGUGAUUGGAGAACAUUAAGAUACAUUAUGAUCCGCUAAACUUCUACGUAUAGCGUUAUGUGUAAGUUUAUUUUAAUAUUAAAAAUUAUAUUAUACGACAUAAGCCUUGUAAAUGUAAAUUUAUAAAU